UCUCAGUUUCCCCCAUCUCAUCCCCGUCCUCCUUAUAGGUACUCCACCACGCAAUAGCUUCAACCCUAAGGGAGUUGCCUAUUCUAUUGCAAGCGUAUCCAAAGAAAUGGGGAAUUCUAGAUGCCUCCCCAUCGCUGGCUGCGUCGCCGCCAUCCUUGAGUGGAUCAAAAGUGCCAUAGACAAGGCCCUUCAAUCGCCAUGGCUAUCUGAUCCAGCCAUUCAAGCUCCAAUUCCAGACCCCGGAGAAGUUGUAGAGCGGCCAUCCUCACCAACAGUAGCAUUGUCCCCCUCUCCCAAUGAGCAGCAUGAUUUUGAUACUUUUCUGAGCUUCAGAGGAGUUGACACCCGAAAUGGAUUCACUGGCCAUCUCUACCAGGCUCUCUGCAGACGGGGCUUGAAAACCUUCAUAGACAAUGAAGAUUUGCACAGAGGUGAAACGAUCGAGGAGCUGUUCUCUUACAUCGAGAGGUCAAAGGUGUUUGUGCCAAUCAUUUCCAAGGGCUAUGCGGACUCAAAAUGGUGCCUAAAAGAGAUCGCCAAGAUAGUCGAGUGCGCGGGCAGGAGGCUGAUCGUUCCCAUCUUCUUCGGCGUCCAGCCUUCUCAUGUUCGCCACCAGGCUGGGCCUUUCCAAUCUGCCUUUAAAUCAUACGACAAUGACAAAAAAGUGGACAAAGCAGAAGUGGGCAAGUGGAGAGAUGCCUUAAAACAGUAGCCAAUAUUUCCGGCUACAUCCUCAACUACGACGCCAAUGGGCAUGAAGCGACACUGGUCGAGAAAGUUGUCCGCUGCCUGCUGCGGCAUCUACAAAGUGGCCUUCUGAUUGUGGCGGACCAUCCGGUUGGAAUGGAAUCUCGCAUUGAGGACGUGAUGAAGCUGCUGCAAAAUGAAAGAGAUGGUGUUAAGAUGGUGGGACUUGUGGGUGCAGGCGGCAUUGGGAAGACCACCAUUGCCAAGGCUGUUUUCAACAAAUUGCGUUCAAAUUUUGGGGCAGCCACCUUUAUUACGAAUAUAAGGGAGCGUUGGAAAGAUGCCACGGCACGGACGCAACUGAUGAGGCAACUCGUGGAAGAGCUCCUGGACGACAGAUUUACGCCAAUACACGACAUUGAAAGUGGGCAGCGCCUGCUCUUAGAAAGAGUUCCUCCCAAGAAAAUUCUAAUAGUAUUGGACGACGUUGAUCAUCACCAACAAUUCAAGGAACUAAUUGGUGAAAGACUACUGUACUGUUUCGCAUCGGGCAGUCAGAUAAUUAUGACAACCCGAGAUGAAAAUGUGCUAUCACUUUGUAGAGUCGAUGGCAUAUACAAGCCAAAGCUCAUGGAUGCUGAUCAAUCACUCGAUCUCUUCAACAGAUAUGCCUUUCAGAGCAGUCAUCAACCACAGGACAUGUUCGUGGACAUGACAAUGAAGGUUGUCGCAGUUGCUGGUGGGCUGCCAUUGGCCCUUAGAGUUUUCGGAUCCUACCUCUCUGAUAAGAGCGACCUGGCUGAAUGGCAAGAUUAUUUGGAUAAGCUGCAGGAGACCCCAGAACAAGACAUCCAGAAAUGUUUGCAAAUAAGUUACGAUGCACUGUCUAAUGUUGAGAAACGGAUAUUUUUGGACAUUGCAUGCUUCUUCGUUGGCCAAUCUGAAGUAGAAGCAACUCUUAUGUGGGAAAGUUUAAAUUGGCAACCAAGAUCUGCAAUUAAGGUCCUUCAAAAGAAGAGUCUCAUUUCGCGGGUUCGUGAUGAUGGACCGUUCGAGAUGCACGAUCUUAUAAGGGACAUGGGAAGAGACAUAGCUCGCCAAGGACAACCAGACAAACCUUGGAGCAGGCUAUGGACCGCUGACGACACAUUGAAUAUGUUAGAAGAAAAUCGAAGCAACAAUGUCACAGAAGGCAUCACUCUUAGCGAGGCUAAAGAAGAAUUAAGUUCUGGAGCCUUUGGAGAGAUGAAAAGGCUAAGAGCUCUUCGGGUCAAUAAUGUCAGCUUCAAAGGCGAAAACUUCAUGCUCCCCAAGGCUCUCAAAGUUCUAUUCUUGAGAGUGACGAAAAUUGAAUCGUUUUCAAGCUGCAACCUUGAGAAUCUAGUCACCCUUGAAUUACAUGUAGCAGACGAUAUGAGUGAACUUCUUGUUAGGGAAAGCCCAUCGAAGGUGUUCAACGCAUUGAAAUUUCUCAAGAUUUCUUGUCAUUCAAUAAGAGUGACGCCGGAUUUCUCCAAUAUGCCGCAUCUGGAAAUGUUGGAAUUCUCCUACUGUGCAUCGUUAGUCGAAGUUCAUGAAUCCAUUGGAAAUUUGACAAAAUUAAAAUACCUGAAGUUUCUUCAAUUUCUGAACGUUUAG